GUUAGUGUUUUAAUUAUCUUUUAUGGAAUAGCUGAUUAGUGAUAACCAUAGUUAACAAUAAAGAAAGACCAAAAGGAAACAAAGAAGACCAAAGUCCAAAGAGAUUGGUGACUGUAGUGUGAGUGUGAGUGAGUUGAAUCUAAGCUAAUUAAGGAAAGAGAAAUGGCUACUGUAGUGGGAGAAGCAUUGCUCUCAGCUGCUGUGGAAGCUUUAGUUGGCAAGAUCUCCAUUGAGAUUUCGGAGUUCUAUCGGAGCAAGAAUCUCGAUGAAUCGCUGCUGAAGAAGCUGAAUGUGAUGCUGUUAAGUCUUCAUGCUUUUUUGAAUGAUGCUGAGGAGAAGCAGAUCAGCAACCCUGCUGUGAAGGCAUGGAUGGAUCAACUCACUCAAGCUCUCUUUGACGCCGAUGACCUCAUCGACGACAUCGCCACGGAGGCUCUCCGACGCAAAGUGGAAGCCCGCUUUCAUCAAACUGUCACUGCUAAGAUGCAGAAGGUCCUCUCCUCUCCUUUUAAGUGGCCUUACCGAGAGAUUAAUUCCAAGAUGCAGAAAUUAUUUGAAAGAGCACUUUGCAGAGAGAGCACACAACCUUCCAUUGGAAAAAGGUGGUCUCUGGCAAUGUUUGGCGUGCAACACCUACAAAUUCUGCUGUUGAUGAUUCUGUUAUUUGUGGGAGAAAUGAUGAAAAACAGAAUCUUAAAGAGUACUUGCUGUCAGAAGAUGCUGUUGCUGAUAGUGGCAGUAAAAUAGGAGUGCUUGCCAUUGUUGGCAUGGGAGGGCUCGGGAAAACCACCAUUGCUAAACUCCUAUAUAAUGAUGCUCAAGUUAGAGAAAAGUUUGAUGUGAAAGCAUGGACAUCUGUCCCGAAAGAUUUUGAUGUUGUCAAGCUGGCAAAGUCUAUUCUUGAAUCCAUCACAUCUGCACCAACAACUUUUGAUAACUUGGAUACUUUGCGAGCUGAAUUGCAAAAGUACUUGUCGGGCAAAAGAUUUCUGCUUGUGUUGGAUGAUAUAUGGAAUGCAUGACCUCAUCAACGAUUUGGCAACAAUGGUUUCUUCUCCAUAGUCUAAGAGGUGCGAGGAUCAAAAGGCCGUUGAAAAUGUAAACAAAAUUCGUCAUUUAUCUUACAAUUUUCGUGAUCUUGAUUCUCCUGAUGGAUUGAAAGGCUUACGCACAUUCCUAGCAUUAUCAUUUGAUGUGUGGUUGUACUACUCUAACCUAACAAAUGAGGUAUUGCAUGACCUUUUGCUAGCAUUGAAACAGCUGCGGGUGUUAUCAUUGCCGUACUACGAUAGCAUCACUGAUUUGCCGAAUUCUAUUGGAAGUUUAAAGCAUUUGCGGUAUCUGGAUCUGUCUUACACUGGAAUAAAAAGGUUACCUUCUACAAUAUGCAAACUCUACAAUUUGCAGAUCUUGUUGUUGUGUCAUUGUAAGGAUCUCAUUGAGUUGCCCCAUGAGAUGGGAGAAUUGGUGAACCUACGCCGCCUUGAUAUCCACGGCACUAACUUGCAGGAGUUGCCAGUAGAGAUACUCAAACUAGAAAAUCUACAAGCCCUGACUGGUUUUGUUGUUAGCAAACAACACAAUGGACUGAAGCUCACAGAAAUGAGAAAAUUUCCCAAUUUACAAAGGAAACUCUGCAUCUCAAAACUAGAAAACGUUAUUGAUCCAUCUGAUGCUUAUCAAGCCAAUUUGAAGGAGAAAAAGCAAAUUGAAAAGUUAUUGUUGGAAUGGAGUGAUUCCAUUUUGGAAGACUCCCAACAAGUUGUACUUGAAUAUCUGCAGCCCUCAACAAAUUUGAAGAAACUGAAUAUUAAAUGCUAUGGUGGAACUAGUUUCCCAAGAUGGUUGGGUGAUUCCUCAUUUGGCAGCCUACUGAGUUUGAGGAUUGAAGAUUGUCGUCAUUGUUCUUCACUGCCACCUCUUGGACAACUGAAAUGUCUAAAAGAACUCUUCAUUUCAAGCAUGAAAUCAGUGAUGACUAUUGGGUCUGAAUUUUAUGGAAGCAAUCCCCCUUCAUUCCAACCGUUUCCCUCCUUGGAAACUCUGAGUUUUAACUCGAUGACAGAGUGGGAGGAAUGGAACUUGAUAGAUGGGUUAACUACUGAAUUUCCCCGUCUAUCAUACCUAUCACUGAGUAGCUGUCUAAAGCUGAAAGGAAAUUUACCCAACAAUCUUCCUUGCUUAAUUCAACUUGUUGUAGAGGAUUGUCCACUACUAGGAUCACAAAUUUCAGGUGAAGUGGAUGGCAGAAACAUCAUGACACCAUUCAAUCUAUUUACUGAACACAUUCUUCAUUUCAACUUUCUUCAAUAAUUAUAUAUUACUGGAAUUCCUUCUCUAACUUCCUUCCCCAACAAUGGUCUGCCCAAAAUACUAAACACACUUCAUCUGGAAGAUUGCGAGAGCCUCGAACUCCCAACUCAUGAGUUCCUUCAGAGUUGCAAUGCACUUGAGGAAUUGGUGAUAUCGAGUAGCUGUCU